AUGAGGUUCCUUAACAAAAAAUAUUUUUUUCAUAUUUUUGUAAAAUCAAACAAAAUAUUUUUAAAAUUAAAGCUUCAAUCACAAAUAAAUCACUUUAAACCUUUAAUACAUACAAAAUGUUCUCCAAAUAUUCUUUUAUUUGUUUGUUCUGCAUUUGCUCCAAUGUGCCCCGAUCAGAUGCCACAAGCCAUAACCUCUUGUAAAUCUGUUUGUGAAGAAGUUUAUAGUGAUUGUAUUAAAAUAUUUAAUGAAUUUGAUUUUCCUUGGCCUCCAAUGCUUAAUUGUUCUCGUUUCCCCUCUCCCCCAACAAUUUGUAUGAAACCAGAACCUUUAAAUAAUAAAAAUAUUUUUUCUUCUAAUUUUAAUGAAAAAACAAUGUCUUCCCCAAUUUUAUCAACAACAAAAUUUCCAGAAUGUCCUUUAGAUUUAAUUGAUUUAGAGCCAACAGAUUCAAAAUCUAAAUGUGCUUUUAGAUGUGAAAAAACGACAAUGUUUAGAAAGGAUCAAAAAGAGCAAAUCCGUUUAUGGCUUUUUUGUUGGUCAAUGUUAAAUUCCUUAAUUGCUUUAUUUACUGUUUGUUCUUUUUGGAUUGAUCGACAAAGAUUUUGUUUUCCAGAAAGGUAG